UCUAGAAACAUAAUUGUUCAAUUGUGUAUUCGCAACUUUAGGACGUUCUCGUUUAAAAUUAUUUUGGUUUGUAAUAAUAAAAAAAAAAGAAAUGGAAAACGACUCGCCCAACUUGUUCGACAGUGAACCCGUGUCGGUGCAGUUGACAGUCGUUGACAACGAAACCGAUGUUUUGGACGAUAUAGUUCGAACAGAAGACAGACCACCCAGUAACGUAGAAGAUAGUAAUGUUGUUGAUGGCGGUUAUGACGAGGUACAAGACCACAUAGAGUACCAAACGGACGAGUCAGAUGUUGACAACGAACACAAUGACCUUACGGCGAAGGAUCAGUUGGCUGAAGAUGUUGACAAAUCUGACGAUGAUUCUGCAAAGAAUAAGACUGCAAAAGACGUUCAUCACAAAGGUUUACCGCCUGGCCGAGUAAAGCUAAUUAUGAAAAUGGAUCCGGAUGUCAAUAUAGUGGCGGGAGAAGCCGUGUUCCUAGUCACCAAAGCAACGGUAAAGUUCCCAGUUCUUAACUCAUUUUAUAAAUGCCCAUUACCUACCAUAUGAAUAAACGAUAUUGAUUUUAUUCACAUAUUUGUUUUUGCUCUAUAGGAAAGUUUUAUUGGACUAUUAGCACAGCACUGCCAUAAAGCAAUGGUAACUUCAAAUAAAAAAACAUUGCAAAAAAAACAUAUUGAUGCCGUAAUAGAAGAUAAUGUUCCAUUUGAAUUUUUAGAAGGCGCAUUAGAUUGGUAAAUUGUUCUAUUAAUAAGUAUACAUAAUUUCUUUUAUCCUUAUAUAUUUGUGCUAUAAUUAAUAUAAAAUUAAUUCACUUUACUGAUUAUUGCUCAAUGUCAACAUAAAUAUAAUAUAUGAUUUCUACUUUUUUGUUUAAAUUAUUAUUAAAACCAAAUUAUCCGAAUCAAAAGCACCUUAUUAAAUCUACCCAACUUCAGGUUUAUCAUUACAGAGCAGAUAGUCCAGUAACGGAUUUUCAACAUUUUUUCUGGGAGAGGUCCUGAAAAAUCAUAAGUAUUUAAAAGGUAUCUCUAUUAAUAGAUGCUUUUUUUUGGACGGCAUUUUAUUUUAAUUAUAUUAUUGUCUAGGAGAUUCCAGAUUCCCAAGACCCCCCCCCCCUGUAAAUCCGUCACUGGCAGACACUAUUAUAAAAUGGAAAAAUAAAUCUUUAUUUUAAAAAUCAUUCAGAGACACAUGUUUAGAUACAGGGUAUAUUUUAAAAAAAAAAUACAACAAAUAAAUAAUAAUAACAUGAGUCACAACAUUGCAUGUAGGUAAACUGGUAAACAGAAAUAAUUUUGUUUUAAUCACAAUUUUAAGCCAUAACAAUAAUACGCAAUAAUAUAAAUAAAAAUACUUAAUAAAUUAUCUAGGUUAUUAAAAUAAAUAUAUAUCUUAUUAUACAAGCACUGAUUAUUUAUAUAGGUAUACGGAAAAUAAUGAAAUUAAAAAUCAAAAUCAUAUUUUGAGCCAAUUAUACUUAAAGGAAGACACACACAUAAAGUUUUUUUUUAAUGAAAAAAUAACAACUUAUCAAUAUUAAUUUCACAUUAAAAACAAACAAAAAACAAAAUGUGAAGCAACGAAAAAAAAAAUUAAAUUAUAAGUGCUCGUAAUGAAUAAAUAAAUAGUAUUGCUUAUGAUUUUUUAUUUUUGCACAUUUUACAAAUGUUAUUUUAAUACAAUUUUUAUUAUAUUUUGUAUCAUUCAACAUUUUAACAUUUUUAGUUUUUACUUUAAGAGCAAAAAUGAAUACUGGGAUCAUUAGUUAGAAUACAUAGGUAGUUUGUGUAUCUUUAAAAUAAGUUCAAUUUAUAAUUGUAUGUAAUAUAAUUAAAAGAGACCAACAAAAAUAAUUAAAAACAAUGGUUUUUCAACAUGAAAGUUUUCCAUAGCCAAAAACUUGUUUAAAUAAAUUAAUAUCUCCUUUAAAAAUAAUGAUAAUCUAUUUUACACUCAUUCGAAUAUUUAGUGAUGGUUUAGACUAUUAUAUUAUAAAAUUGUAAUUGGUGAUCUGGUUGAAAUUCAUUCAACUUAAUAAAUAGAUAUUAUAAUUUAGUGGAAAUUGCCAAUGGCCAGUUUAAAACUAACAAUAAAGUUUAAAAUAACAAAAAUAUCACAAUUCAUUUAAAACAAAACAAUUAAUCUUAAGGAUUCACAUCAUUGAUUAAAUAUUUAAAAAAAAACAUCCACAAGAAAUCCUAUCACUAAAACUUCUGAACACAAUGCAUACAAUACAGUAAAUUAAAUUCUUAUUAAAAAAAAAUCUAUAUACCAUGUUUUUUUUUUGUUUUAGUAAAAUAAAAUGCUUUUAUAUAAUAUAAGUUUUAUAUUGCAAGACUCAAAAUAUAUUAAUUAUAGAGAAAAAUCCUAUUUAAUUUUUGCCCCACUUUGCAAACCAAAUUUAUCAAAUCACAAUAUAAUAACUAUCAGCUCAUUUUAAACAGUUUUGUUGAAAAUAACGCUAACCUUUUAUUAUAAAAGUGUAUUAUACAAUUUGGCACAACAGUUUAAUAAUUUUAGUGCUUAAAAUAAUUUCAUUAUAUAAUAUAUUUAUUGCUAUAAUUAUAGUAACCAUUAAACAUUAUUUAAAAUAAAUAGUAUAGCUUAACAUUUUAAAAUACAAUUUGUAUUUGAAUAGUUAUUUUUCUUUUUAAAUCUUAACUGACCACAGUGUUUUUAAACACAGUUUAUUGCUUUAAUUUUAUAUUUUAACAACCAAUAAAAAUAUUUUCUCCAAUCGAAAAUGAUCAUUGAUGUGCUUAAAAUGAUAUAUAAUGUGUGUGUCCAUUUACUCUCUCAUAAUUGUGUAAUCCAUAAUAAUAUUUAGAUAAUUUAUUGUCUAUAUUGCAUGAAAAAUAAAACUGACACUAGGAGCAAAUUGUUGCUACCCUAUACUUCAGGUGAUAAAAAGUUUUAAAUAUUUUCAAUUCUUUUUAUAAAAGAAUGGCAGAUUUCAGUAGGAUAGGAAACACAGGAUUAAGUAUAGUUAAAUAAAAUUAAAAGUACCUGUUUUCAGGUGCAUUGAAUGAUAAAAGAAUUCCAGUUAAGCUAAAAGUUAAAUUUUACAAAUCUUUUGUUAGACCGAUCAUAUUGUAUAGCACAAAUAUAUAUAUAUAAUAUAAUAAAUAUAUAUCAAAUUAUAAAACAAAACACUGUUAGCACAUAUAGCAGUUAUGAAAAUGCUUAUAUUAUAGACGUGUGAAGUUAUUAAUGAGGAUAAUAUAAUAAAAGAUUUAAUAAGAAGUGGUGAAACAAUAUUUUUAUAGUUGAUAUGAGAAUAUUGAAUGGGGGCGAUUUGGAUAUUUUGAGCCAAACGUUGUAAUAGUAGUUUUACAAUUAAAUGUGGGUGAAAGGCUAGAAAAAUGAAAACCAAAAAGGAGAUAGUUAGAUACAUUUGAAUGAUAUGAUGAAAACUGCUGCAUGGGUGUAUAUAGAUGUGAAAGACUGAGGUAAGGUAGCUAACCCAUUUAUAGUUGGGAAAGUCAGGAGUUUCCCCUGCCACCCAGAAGAACCAUGUUAUGUCGAUAUUGAUUGAGAAAACGGCAGCUGCAUUCCUAAUUGACAUACAAAUCCAACAAUAUUAAUCAUCACAAUUUAAUAAAAUAUUUCUAAGUUAUCUAUAUUAAUGUUGAAUGUAAAUUAAAUUUUUAUGAUAAUAUUUAUUUUAUAUGUAUGAAUAUGUAUCAUUAAAUAAUUGUACAAAAUUGUCCAUUAUAGAUAUUAUAAUCUUUAUAUAUAUAUAUAUAAUUGAAACAUACAAUUUUAAAGAUCACGUUUAAUUUUUAAAAUAUCAAGUUGGAACGAUAAGUGUACACUUAGUAGUUAAUCUUUGGUAGAAGUGCCAAUGUCUUAAGUUCCAUUUUAAUAUUAUUCACGAAAUGAACACCUCGGGGCUGCUAUAAUACGUAGUUAUAUUUCCAUAAAAAAAAAAAAAUACUGAAUUACUCAUUGUGAUUGACUUUAACGUAAAAUAGUAAAUAAGGAGUUAAUGCAGAAUUCUUGGAUGAUUUGGAUUCUAAAAUUUGUGUCAGUUGUGCAACUGACAUUGUUCUAACUGUUUCAUCGUCACAUUCCAGCCAAACACUAUCCCCACCUUCUGAACUAUCUAGUAUUCGAACUCCACAACAUUCCAAACUACGGCACCACCGUCCAAUCGAUGAACCUUUACCUGAAUCAAUUGAAUCACUAGAAGGGCUAUUAGAAGUACCCAUAGACGACGAAGAUGCCUUUGAUGAUAUUUUUAAAAAUCGAAAAAGACCAUUCGAUAUAGAUGACUUUUUGUAAUUUGCUGGCAAAGUACCAUUGGGGGUAACUGAAAGACUCCCAGUUUUGCGACGAUCACGAGGACAAUUGUCAUACUCUUCAAGAUUAUCCUGAGCCUUGACAUAUGCCACAUAAUGCCCAGAUGCAAUUGUAGCGCCCAAAUGCAUUAUUAUAGCAUAUAGUUGAUAGCUAUGUGCUCGAGUUUGUUGACGUGAGUUGAGCGAUAAACACUCUUCACAAAAACAUUCUAGUGUCAAAGGAGUAGGCAUAUGCUCGUUCACUUUCGACACAACAGCUCUAGAAAAAUUAAAUAUAAAUUAUUUAUUUAUUCAGCUUAUUGGUAAAUGUGUUGUUACCUAUAGUUGGUACAAAAUCGUUUUAAAUGCAAAGUCAGUAAUCGAGGUAAACUUUCAUAUCCAACGCUACGUUUGGCUUCAUUGUACCGACAACAUUGUUCACACCAAUACUUGUCGGUGUCUUGUAGAUACUCUUCAGUUACGAUCGCAGAAUGAUAUAACUUGUUUACACUAUCAUAAUCUAAAAAUAAUUAAAUACAGUAUAUCAAUACAAAUAAAUAUAAAUUUAAAAAAAAAAAAAACAAACCAUAAAGGUUCAACUCAUGUUCAGAUGAUAUAUCUCCAUUAGUUGAACCAUUGAUAGGAACACAAAUGUCACAAAAACUUUCUUUUCGUUCCGUAACAAAUUCACAUUCUAAACAUGUAGUGCGGAGUAGGGAUACACCUUGGAAAUCAUCAAACAUUGAUGUACUACUGCUACUGCUGCUGUUACUGAAACUAGGGAUGCUUUCAUUUUCAUCUGUUUGGACUGCAUUUGUGGUUCCGUUCACUGCGUACAUUUGUUUAUCAUCUAAAUUAAAUAAAAUAUAAUUAAUAUUGUGGCUUGAAAUACACAUUAUUUUCCAAGUAAUUUUUUUUUUUUUUUACCAACAAAAUUUUCAUUUUCAGGUAACACUUUGUCGCUAGCAAUAUUAACACUGGGCGGAAGACUUUCAUUGACGGGACGUGUUUUACUGCUAGAAGCAAUUUUCAAAGAUUUCCGUACUUGUCCCGAAAACUUUUUCAAUUUAUUUGGUGCUGGUGGAAUAAUUGGAGUUGGUGCAAUAAAACAAUUAACUUGUACAGAAUGUUGCAUGACUAAUUUACAACCCUCUCUAAUAUUAUCCAACAGGCAAACGAGCAGUUCAUGUGCAUCAUGUUGCUGAUUGCCCUCGAAUAUUGGAUUGACAUCUCUGUUUAGAUAACAACAUGUAUUUUAAAAAACAAAAAUAUUGAGGAUUUAUAUUUUGUACUAUUACCUUAACGAUUGUAAAAACACUUCAGGUUGAUAUGGAUCUGAGCUGUCUUUAAGUUCAGAAUUGUGUAACGCUUCAAAUACUUGAUGCAAACGUUCAGUAACUUGUAUAAUUUUUAGGUCAUUCAUGCUAACAUUUAAUGAAGAUUGUAAGUUCCACAUUUUAGUGUUAACCGAACUUGUACUUCGUCCAAGUGAAGAACACUUUCCCUAUUUACAUAAAAAUAAAACAAAAAAACUAUUAUCACCAUUCUAAUUAAUUAUAAUAAUUUACAUGCAAGUACUUUAAAUCCAUUUGUCGACCGCCCAGUUAUCUCUUGUAGUUCAGUAAUUAGAUGGUGUAGGUUGUGUAAGAAUGAUGGUGCAAAUCUCAAUGUAUACAAAACACUGUUCAGAAAACAAGUGUUGCCAAGAUUACACAAAGUUGCCACUCCGGGGGUGCCAUUGCUGUCAUUGUCACAUGAACAGUUUAUUUGCUGCUGCUGUUGUUGCAAUUGUUGCUGUUGUUUGAUGUGCCGGAUAACUUUAAAGAA